AUGCCAUUCUCCGGCUUCGCCCUCGCCGUGCUGCUACUCUCCAUAGCCUCCCAUGCCAAGCCGUGCUCUGAUCAGGAGAAGAGCUCCCUGCUCCGGUUCAUUGCGGAGCUAUCAUGGGACGCCGGCCUCGCCAUGUCGUGGCGAAAUGGCACGACGAGCUGCUGCUCGUGGGAAGGCAUCGCCUGCGACAGAGACGGGGUGGUCAGUGAGAUCUCCCUGCCCGGUAGAGGACUCCAUGGCCUCAUCUCGCCGGCACUGGGUGACCUCACCGGACUGCGGCGCCUCAACCUCUCCCACAACUCGUUGUCAGGUGAGCUGCCAUGGGAGCAGCUCUUGUCCUCUUCCAGCCGCUUGGCCGCCAUCGACGUCAGCUUCAAUCACCUUGAGGGAGAGCUGCUUGAGCUGCCGACUUCAACCACCCAUGGCAGGCCAUUAUUGCAGGUACUGAACAUCUCCAGCAAUCUAUUCACCGGAGAAUUUCCAUCAGCCACGUGGAAGGACAUGAACAAUCUGAUUGCGCUCAAUGUGAGCAACAACAGUUUCCAUGGAUGGAUGCCGUCUUCCUUCUGCAUCACCUCGCCAUCCUUCGCCAUGCUUGACAUUAGCUACAACCGAUUCGGUGGACGCAUCCCAGCUGGUCUAGGCAAUUGCUCUGCGCUUAAAGUACUCAAGGCUGGGCGCAACCAACUAACUGGGAUGCUCCCAGAUGAACUCUUCAAUGCUACCUCGUUAGAGUACCUCUCUGUUCCCAACAAUGGUUUGUAUGGAAUACUUGAUGGUACAGGCAUAGCCAACCUCAGAAGUCUGUCUCAUCUUGAUCUUGGAGGCAAUCGGCUUAAUGGAAAGAUCCCAGACUCAAUAGGUGAGCUCAGGAGACUAGAGGUGCUUCAUCUGGACCAUAACAACAUGUCUGGAGAGCUGCCACCAGCUUUUAGCAAUUGCACAAAUCUCAUAACAAUUGACCUCAGGAACAAUUAUUUCAGUGGAGAGCUCACCAAGGUCGAUUUCUCCACCCUGAUCAAUCUAAAGACAUUGGAUCUUCUGUUCAACAGCUUCACUGGCGCAAUCCCAGAAAGCAUCUACUCUUGCAGCAGUCUGAAUGCACUGCGGGUAGCCGACAACAAGUUACACGGACAGCUUUCGCCAAGAAUAGUAAAUUUGAAGUCCCUUAUUUUCCUAUCAGCUUCUUUUAACAAUUUUACAAAUAUCACGAAUGCGCUUCAUGUCCUCAAGGAUUGCAAGGAACUCGCUGUCCUAAUUAUUGGGAGUAACUUCAAGGGUGAAGCUAUGCCAGAGGAUGAAACAAUCGAUGGAUUUCAGAAUCUUCAGUUUCUCUCCUUGUCUAGGUGCUCAUUGUCCGGAAAGAUACCACUUUGGUUAUCAAAUCUCAAAAAUCUGGAGAUGCUGCUUUUGCACAACAACCAACUCGCUGGACAGAUACCUGCCUGGAUCAAAAGCCUCAAGUUACUUUUCCAUCUAGACAUAUCAGAAAACAACCUUACAGGAGAAAUACCAGCAGACCUGACGGAGAUGCCAAUGCUAACAACAGAAAAUACUGCAACCGAUUUGGAUGAAAGGGUAUUUUUGCUACUUGUCUACAGAGGCACAUCAUUCGAGUACCGGGUAACCACCGCUUUCCCAAAAAUGCUGAAUCUUGGUCGUAAUAACUUCACCGGAGUGAUCCCUAAAGAGAUUGGUCGGUUGAAAUCGCUCGCUAUACUCAACUUCAGCUCCAACAGGCUAUCAGGAGAGAUUCCAUCACAGCUCCACAGCCUGACGAACCUGCAAGUGCUAGAUUUGUCAAACAAUCAUCUCACAGGUGCAAUCCCAGUGGAGCUCAACAACCUCAACUUCCUCGCUGAAUUCAACGUUUCUAAUAACGGCUUAGAAGGGCCGAUUCCAGCUGGAGGCCAGUUCAGUACUUUUACAAGUUCAAGCUUUGGAGGGAAUCCAAAGUUGUGUGGUGCUAUCGUCGAUCGGCCCUGUGCUUCAGCCGAAACCAAUCUGGUUUCUACGCUCUCCACAGAGUGGAAGGACAGAUGGUUUGCCUUUGUGAUUGGUUUUGGUGCUUUCUUUGGUGUAGGGGUGUUGUAUGAUCAGAUAGUAUUGUCAAAGUAUUUUGGCUAG